AUGGCUCAUAGAAUUCAACAAAGGAACCCACCCGAGGACAUGACCGAUCACUGUUUCUUGCAAUUCCCACGCAGCUUGAAUGAUGAUACUCAUAGCAAUUAUUUGAACAAUUUGAGUUUGCUGCUCACUAAAGAAAUUGACAUUGCACCUUCAUUCGAUUGGGGAAUGGCGUCCCGAAUUGGACUUGAUGAGCUGAUCCGGAAUUUUUUGCAAUACACCCACUUGGAUGUGAGUGGUGUGCCUUUGUUCGUAUGCCGAGUUUCCUAUGAUCCUAGGAAGACACCCGAUGACAGGACAACUUUUUCUUUUCGACUUGGUGGUGUGAGUCGGGAGUGCAGCACGAUUGAGCUUGCCACCAGAGUUGAGAUUUAUACUGCAGACGAGAUGAGGAAUGUCCACUUCCCAACAUUCCUUGCUGAUUGUGUUACAACACGACCGAAUGACUACAACGAAAAUACUUUUUGGGCUGAGAUUACUGGGUGA